AUUAUUUGUUCAUAUCAAUUUUAUUAAUCAUCCACUCUCGUCAUCACGACUUUCCGUCUUCCACGCUCUACAGUCCGCAGUCACGCAAUGUCUUACUGUAUAGCAAUCAUUGUAACAGAUAUAGAUUUUCAAUAUUAUUAAAUUCACUAACAAACAUUGGGUGUUAAUCCAUGCAAUUGUACAACAUUUUUCACGAAUAUUCUAAUGAUAUAUAAUUAUACUUUUCGGGGAAUAGUUUGACUUCAUUUCACAUUUGUCACACACAUUUUGUAUAAACAUUUACACAUAGUUCAACGGAAAAAUUCCAAAACUAUUGGUUACAUAUACAAAUAGAUUUGACUCUUGGUUUCACUGUAAGAAGACCACAAAACGUAGAUAUUUUUCAUUUGUCGCAUUAUGCAUAUCACGUCUGAUUAUUGUUGCAUAUAUAUAUUUUUUUCCUCUCCAACUUCGAUAUGAUUUAUCAACACAACUUUCGACCAUGAAAGAUUUCUAUCCAGUGUUAAAGUUCCAUUACCAAUAUCGUUAUAAAAUAUACAACUAUUGUCUUAACCACUAAUCAGGAUAAAUAUAUUUUCUUAUGCCCAAGAAAUAUCUCUUCAUUUAUCUACAUAACAUUAUACAAAUUUGCAUUUAUUAUCCACUGUGCAUUUUCAUUCCAACAUAUAAUGUUUUCCAUAGUGGAGGAGAGAAUGAAUUUCACGCGGAAGUUGCGCUAAUGAGCAAAACUUUUCCACCAGGGUUUUCCACUGAACCCUCUUCAUCCAUAAUUUCACUUGUCGUUGUUGUAAUUAUGUACAUAUAACGAUGUUUUCAUAUUCCAAUUCACGAUUAGAGUUUGUCUGUUCUUCUCUGAGUACCAAGUUCACGGUGUAUUCUCCAUUCUCUAAUCAACAACAACCCUAUCCAUUUGCUCAACAAUAUCAAAGGGCUUUCGCUGGAGGAGGCGUUCCGGACGCCGUCCAGGAUUCUGUGCCACAAUACACGCAGCAGAGGUACCAAUUUGCCGAGGCCCAGCAGACACUCGAUAGCACCUUGGAUGGCGGCAGAGCUGUGCGAUUUUCGCCAUCGAAUGAGGUGUCGAGCGUUAAUUUCGCCAAUGGGGACUUCUCCUACAACUUCUGACCACACAAUUGACCAAUCUUGACCGAUAAGUCAAAUAAAUUGCACCUGGUUUCUUGACUAGUUCGUGGACUUGAGCCAAUUCGUGCGUCUGGCGCGUCUCGCCCGCGACGCCGCCAAAUCC